AAACACCCUUUCAAGCGAUGCUGCAACCGUCCUCAAAGGAAAUUCUAGAAGCAAUAAGAGCACUGUUUCUACAGACUCACUGGCAUUCAUUCUUUAUCAUGUCGGAUGUGGAGGCGUCAAUGAUGCUGGGAGGAAGUGAAGGUGCACCACUGAGAGAUCCACCACUUGUUCCUACAAUUUUACCGCUUCCGGCAAACAACGAUGAUGUGUUCAGACAAUUGGCCCAAGUGUCCAAGUCAACAAGAGGAGUUGUUCUUUUGCUGUGUGACUUGUUGGCUGCCCGAAAAGUCAUGGCAGAGGCACAGCGACUGAAUAUGGUUGGGGGUCAUUUUAUUUGGCUGUGGGCCGACCCCAGUUCCACCACAGAAUUCUAUGAUGUUACUCAACCAUCCGAAGUGGAGCUGAGUGAGAAGCUAGAGAGUGAAAAUCCAGAGUUCUCGGCCGCUAUUCGCAGGGAAAGUGAUUCAUGGUAUAAUCCAGUUGGUGGAACACUUUCACACCAUUUGGAUGAUCUCGAGGAGCGACGAUUGGACUUCGACGAGUACGGUGUGAGGAAGAAACAAAGGGAAAAGUCACGAGCUCUCCCCAGGCAGUUUGGUGGACAGAUUCUUGGUCUCAAAACGGACCAAGGUGCCAAAACCGUGAGACGGAAAAGAGGCGAAAGUCCUAGUCCUGUGCUUCAAUCACCCACAGACGAGAACUCGCACGAGUCAUCGUCUCUGGAGACGGACGUGGAUAGUGGCAGGAGUCCCUCGGGUGAGGUGAACGUGGCCAGAAGCAGCGAGGAGAGUGAAUUAAAUCCUGUGCACAAUGACAAUAAAGACGCCGGCGCGUCGUCAGUAGAUAACGUCGCGGCAGAUGGGAGCAAACUCAAACGAAAUCCUCUUUUGCACAAUGGCACAUCGCACGUGCUCUUCCACCACUUCAAUGACUUCCCUGUGGGCUUCCUGGCGCUACGGCCCGUCCGAAUGGCUGUGGAUCGGCAUUUUGUGCGCUCGGUAUUGCGUUUAUUUGCGCACACCUGGGCCACGGUUGAACUGGAGGCGGGUAGCCUACGUUCAGACGGUGCCAUCCAUGAGACAUUGCAGCCUAGGGGACGCCCUGGGUCACGUGGCCGGGAUCAGGCAUGGUCCAGCGGGAAGUCCAGCAAGCGGCUGGCGAGAAGGAGACGAGCCAAUGAAGCAAAAAGUGAAGUUAACAGUAGUUUUACGAGAACCACCCACAGUGACUUAAGUGUAGAUGUAGGCAAUAGACUUAUGCGUGAAAACACAAGUGGCUUAAAUAUUAAUCACACAAGCAAUAAUCGUGACACACUGAGGCUCAACAGUGACGUUAAACUGAGCGUGUCCAAGAGGCAAAACACGUGGUGGUCCGUAAACACCACGGUAGCUCCUGUGAUGUCUCAGGGGCGCUCAAGGGGCCCUACGGUGGCAGAGAAGAUGGGCAAGAGGGUGAGUGCUCCGCAGUACAGGGGAGGCUGCUUUGGAUCUUCCAGCAGAAGUGAAAUUCGACGAGCUGAAUCUUUUGCUAGAAUACUUCGAGAAAAUACAAAACUCGCGAUGUCGGGUAACUUACAUUUGGAUGGCGUGAUGGAAAAGCCUCUCAUCACACAUUUUGAAAUUCUGAAUCUCGUUCCGAGCGACAUGAAACUGCGACAAUCGCCAGAAUAUCGAACGGAAAUGGAGUCUGAGGAGGAUGGUAGCAGAAAGUGGCGCAGAGUGGGUCUGGUGUCUGGCACUAAUGUUCACCUGGACACAAUAGUAUGGCCAGGUGGGGAUAUUGUGGUGUCGGGACUCUCGGCACGACCACGUUCGGUGUUUCGUGUGGUGACGGCACUUGCACCACCCUUUGUGAUGGAAUCGGAUCUCGAUGAAGAUGGAUUGUGCCUAAGAGGACUAUACUGCCACAGAUUGUCCAGUACAGGUCAACAGAACCUCACGUUAAUGUUCAAUGACAUAGAAACAAGGAAUCGACUCGUUAAAGGUGCAACCGACCGGAAGAGUCACUCCUCAGCAGCCAAAUCAUCUCCAAAUCAAGACCAGGAGGACCACCAAAAUAAACCCAAUUUCAAAACAAGGUGCUGUUACGGCUUAUCCAUGGAUCUGCUUGAGAACAUUGCCAGUGAAUUGGGAUUUGAGUUUCAUCUCUAUAUCGUACGUGACGAUCUCUAUGGAACAAAAUUGCCACCGAUACAGCCGUGGGGAGUUCACAAAUCCCCGAGCAAUCAAAUGACGGAAGACACGAAAAAUGUUCCUGUGGCCACCAAUCACAAAUCAACCAUUGACAGAGACAAUUCAGAUGAGGACUUUGAGAAGAUGUACCGACUCAACUCAGAUAGUGACAAUAACAAUAUCUUUGGACGGAGGAACCAGAAGAAAUUUUUCACAACAGCUGGCCAGAGAAUUGACGCUGAUGAAUUUGAUCCUGUGAACAUUCGCAGCCACAGGGACCGACUGAACUUGAAAGCUGACCACUGGAAUGGGAUCAUCAGGGAUUUAGUUUCGGGCUCCGCGGAUAUGUCCUUUGCCCCUCUGAGUGUGUCCAAAUCUCGAGCAGAGGCUAUUGAUUUCAGUGUUCCCUACUUUCACAGCGGUGUCUCCCUUCUUGCCGCUCCCAAGACCAAAUCCGACAUCCCUCUAUUGGCCUUCCUCCUACCCUUCUCACCCGAGCUGUGGAUUGCCAUCUUCACAUCUCUCAAUAUCACUGCCAUUGCUGUGGCCGUAUAUGAGUGGCUCAGUCCAUUUGGUCUGAAUCCUUGGGGGCGGCAGCGCAGCAAAAAUUUCAGUAUGUCCUCAGCUCUGUGGGUGAUGUGGGGACUUUUGUGUGGUCAUUUGGUGGCAUUCAAAGCACCUAAGUCGUGGCCUAACAAAUUCUUAAUCAACGUUUGGGGUGGUUUCAGUGUGAUAUUUGUUGCCUCAUAUACCGCCAACAUUGCUGCCCUCAUAGCCGGACUGUUCUUCCACAAUGCCGCCAAUAAGUAUGAUGCAUCGCUGCUAACUCAGCGUGUUGGAGCACCAAUUGCGUCAGCUGCAGAGACGUACAUCCAGAAAAACGAUAAGCACUUGUGGGAGCACAUGCGGAAGUACUCACUACAGAGCAUUGAGGAUGGCAUUCGUGGUUUAAAAAAUGGUUCGUUGGACUUGCUCAUGGCGGAUUCCCCAAUACUAGACUACUAUCGUGCCACUGAUCAUGGAUGCAAUUUGCAGCGCAUUGGCGAGACAUACGUGGAGGAUACUUAUGCUAUUGGAAUGACAAAGGGCUUCCCUCUGAGAGAUUCAAUAUCGGCUCUGAUAGCAAAAUAUUCGAGUAAUGGAUACUUGGACAUCCUCACGGAGAAGUGGUAUGGUGGACUACCCUGCUUUAAGCUGGGUAUUGAAAUUGCUCAACCACGUCCUCUUGGAGUUGCCGCAGUGGCGGGAGUUUUUCUUCUGCUAGGUUUGGGAAUGAUUCUAGGCUGUCUCAUUCUCAUAUUCGAGCAUUGGUUCUAUAAAUAUGCUCUCCCGAUUUUGAGGCAUAAACCCAAGGGAACUGUGUGGAAGAGCAGGAACAUCAUGUUCUUUAGUCAGAAAUUGUAUCGAUUUAUUAAUUGCGUGGAAUUAGUGUCGCCACAUCAUGCCGCUCGAGAAUUGGUGCACACGCUGAGACAAGGACAAAUUGCCAGCUUGUUCCAGAAGAGUAUUAAGAGGAAGGAAGAUGAACAACGACGCCGCAGGAAGAGCAAGGCCCAGUUCUUCGAGAUGAUUCAGGAGAUUCGUAGAAUCAAUUUCCUGUCCAGAGUGCAACAGGAGGAGCGUGAGACUCCUUUGCCUGUUGUCGAGGAAAUUGGAUCGAAUCUCGAGAUGGCAGCUGCGGCUGGUCAUGAAAAUCCAAAGCAUCCCAAAGUUAGUCCCAAGCCAAAGCUCUUCUCCAAAAAGGAUUCAAGAUCGAGAUCUAAUUCAUCGGGACUAAAUGUUCGACGAUUCAGUACAGAUAGUAUCCUGGGUGAGAGAAUGGAUACCAUUGGGCGGAGAUUGAGUCGGGACAUUUCCUAUUCACCACCGGACUUGGGGCAUCGAUUUGAAAGUUUUGGGAAGGGGCUCAGUGGUACAUCGUCCAAGUAUGAUACAUUUGCCGCCAAAAAAGCUCCCCUGGAGGGAGAUCAUGGAAAGUUUGAUACUUUCAGCGGAACUAGAAGUAGCCUUCCGGAAGAGCCUGAUGUUAUCGGGAGGAAGUUUGUUAAUAAAAGGACGCCACUCAAUCUAAACGUAUACGAGGGUAGGAGAUCGCAGGACAAUCUCGAUACAAUGACACCCUUUAAAGAUAAUCUGACUCCACCAAUAUGCAUAUUGGAGCCGGAAAGUGCAGUUCUAAGGGAUAAACUGCAUGAAGAAUUGAGAGAGAAGUAUGGUGGUUCGAGGAAAAGCAAUCAAAUCCGAAGGAGUCAGUCGCAGCAGCAGGCUCUGUCACCAGCGGCGAUUUCAAGGAGCAGAAAUACCCUCGAUGUUGAAGGAAGAAGUCAGCACACGACUCCAUCUCCACGGAGGACAGUCAGGGAUCUUGAGUGCUCCAGAACACCCAAAACCCCGGCAAAGAGCAACGGUAAGAAGUUUUCUCUGGAGAGGUUGUCAAAGGAGGAACUUAUGCGUCUAUCGCAUAGUUCUCAGGAUGAAAUUCACGAGUAUCUGGAGAAGGAUAUACAAUCACCGGAGCCACCUUGACGGAAGGAUUCAUACGAGGAUGAAACCUCAUGGAUUUGAUUGCAUCGUGCAAGAGGUAACUUCUAAUUUGACUAUUGGAAGUUGCCCAAAUUUUGCAGAGGACUCUUUUUGGAGACAUCAUCCUCGUCAUCACAAAUUCAUUGUUCCAUGUGCUUGAGAGGAUUUUCUUAGAAAGUCGACGAUAUAGUGGUAAGUUUGCUUCAAAAAUUACAACAAAAAAAAAACAAACAUUAUUCGAAAGAAACAAAUGAUCAAUU